AUGUUCUCUUGGGACGCCAAUAAAGAGGCCUACAACUUCUGGCGAGACAAGGUCCGAGCAAGGAUUGAUGAUCCCCGACUGAGAGAAAUCCUAGCUCCUGAGAAGCAACCCCAUGCCUUUGGAUGUAAACGCAUAUCGUUGGAAAACGGGUUCUAUGAGAUAUUCCGCCAACCGAAUGUUUCCUUGGUGGAUAUGAACGCCACACCUAUUUCUGAGGUGACCGAAACCGGCAUCAGAACUACAGAGAAGCUAUGGGAGUUUGACUACGUCGUCUGCGCUACAGGGUUUGAUGCGAUCACAGGUGGUCUGAACGAGAUCAACAUCCGUGGAAGGUCGGGGCAGAAACUUGUUGACAAGUGGCACGAGGGUGUCAGGACGUAUCUUGGGAUGGCCGUUGCUCAGUUCCCAAAUAUGUUCUUCACUUACGGCCCACAAGCCCCAACUGCCCUUUGUAAUGGUCCAACUUGUGCGGAAUUACAGGGGGAAUGGAUCAUUCAAGCCAUGAACUACAUGCGGCAGAAGGGAAUUAAGUCUAUAGACGCGGAAGAACAGGCAGAACUCGAGUGGGCCAAAGGUGUGAGCGCAAUUGCACAUUCCUCAUUGUUGCCAACUGCAAAGUCGUGGUACAUGGGUGACAACAUACCAGGCAAGGUUAGAGAGCCAUUGGUUUAUCUUGGUGGUGUACCUACAUAUUAUAAAACGAUCAACGACUGUGCAAACGAUGGGUACUCAGGUUUCAAGUUGGCAUAG